AUGGCUGCCAUGAUGCCUACAGGACCUGACGAUCCUUACGCUGAAGGAGCGCCUGGAGACGCGCAUUCGUUGUUGGAAGCCUCUAUUGAAGAUUUUGAAGAACAUGAACGACGCUCACCUCUAUUUUCCGACUUCCGAUCGGAUCGCGAAGAAAGCGAAAUCGAUGACAGAUCCAGCGCAGGCUUGCCAUGGUCUCCGCCAGGCUUCAAGAACCGCAAUAUGAAUGCGAGCGGAUGGUUCAGACAAGACCCAUACUAUGGCAAACCUGACUUUCGACCCUCGAUUAGUCCUUCAAGGUCACGACAAACUAGCCCAGAAUCAUAUCAAGAUGCGAACGAAGGAGAUCCAGAUAUUACAUUAGCAGUCAAUACACCUCUACCGGCUGGAACAGAUUCGCCAGCCAGGGAGCGUUCUCCAGAGGCAGAACCUCAAUGUGAUGUUAAGACAGGAGAAUUCAUGGAAGAGUCGGCACUCACAGGGAACCCAAACAAUUACAUUCGCUUACAACUUCGAGCCGAAGUUCAGCAUCGGGAACCAUUUGUACCUUUUCUCAACUUUAUCCAGCGGAAGUUUGAUGCCAUGACCAGAACCAAGUCCACCACAAUCUUCUCUCUCGUGACGACUUUCUUAUUUGCUUCGUUCCUCCGUAUUAUUCUUGUUCCACCAAUUCCACCACCUGUCCCCGAUCUGGUCAAAGUGUCGACAUUGGCCAAAUCUUUCGAGCCAUUGAUCUUUUACUCCGAAAACGGAUAUGCACAGAUUACAGCACUCCAGGAAACGAGUGUGGCAGUGUGGGAUCUGGGGGAGUCAGUCAGAAGUGCAAAUAUGACCUCGGCACCAAUGAUUGUUCGCUCGCUUGAUGAGUUGUCUGAGAGCCUGAAGACGCUGGGCCUCGAAUUGACUCGCUUCUUUGCCGACGUUGAUUCUGACGUGGACAGCAUUCUGCUCGUCAUGGAUUGGGCCAAACGAGAACUCGAAGGGGUUACGUCGGGGCAGGGCAAUUCAUUCGCUGGUGUGGUGUUCGACCAUAUGCACGCCCUUUUCAACCGAGGAGGGUUGCUCGAGACCUCAAGAGGGCCGACUGCACUAGGGAAGAUGCUGACUGAUCUUUUUGGUUCGAGCUCGCCACAGAAAACGAGAGCCACCUUGACGAGGGCAUUCCAUGAAUUCGUGAAUGUGUUGGAGGAGUCUAUCAACAGUGAAUUGACUCAUUCAGCGGCAUUGUUCGCAUUGUUCGAAUCCAUCGACCGGCAGUUCCUCAAUUUACAGCGAACUGUCGUCAGAGAAACGGACACGCAAGAGAGACUUGAAAACGACCUUCUCUCAUCCCUCUGGACUCGGGUGAUGGGUCCCAACUCGGCCAUGUUGAGGAAGUAUGAAAAGAACAAGCAACUGUUAUCGAGUGUGAGGGCCAGAACGGUUAACAACAAGCAUCUCCUCAUGGAACAUCAUGGUCGAUUGCAGACCCUCAAAGUCAGUUUGGAAACUCUUCGAAAGAAAUUGAUCAGCCCGCUGGUCAGGAGAAACGACUCGGUCAGCAUUGACAAUGGCAGUGUCAUUAACCACCAGAUCAGGGGAUUGGAGGGAACAUAUGACUAUCUCAAAGGCGUUCGGGAGAAACAGAAGAGCAAACUUAUGGAAAUGGUCUAUGGUGCAAAAGCUGGUCGCUCGACGCUUGUUGGCGUGAGUGGUGGACUGGAAGGCGUCGCCUUGGAUGGUUGA